GGGGGCACCCCGCACCUGUUAAUAUGCACCAUGAAAACAACAGAAUCACAAAAAGACAGCUUCAGCAAUGAACAGUAGUUUCCAAAAAGACUUGACUUUUGUUUUGCUUCCAACCAAUCUGUCAUUUAUGUUAGAAACCCACAAUCAAACUUCCUAUGUCUGUCACUCUAAUCUCCUAAGGACCCUCUCACAAAUAUCUUCUUUGCUUUGCUUUAGUUCGUGUUGUUCUCUUUUCUGCAAUUCUCUGUUUUUUUCUACAUUUCUUUUCCAUUGAAGAGGAAGCUGUCUUGUAAGAAUGAAGCCAACAAGGGGCAGAGAAGCUGCAACAAUGAAGGACAAGAAGGAAGCCAAAAAGCCUGCUGAGAACAAGGUCGUCGGUAAGCGAAAAGCGGCGAGCCGGGCCGAUAAGAGUGACCGAAAACGCGCAAAGAACAUAGCAUCAUCGACCAACAAGGACCCGAAUAAACCGAAGAGACCCGCCACUGCUUUCUUUGUGUUUAUGGAAGAGUUUAGGACAAGUUACAAACAAGAACAUCCUAAAGUGAAGGCUAUCUCAGCUGUGGGCAAAGCGGGCGGAGAGAAAUGGAAGUCGAUGUCGAAUGCAGAAAAGGCUCCGUACAAAGUGAAAGCAACGGAAAGGAAAUCAGAAUACGAGAAGCUCAUGGCAGCCUACAACAAGAAACAAGAAAGUUCAGAUGAUGAGGACGAAGCCGAGUCCGAAUCAUCAAAGGAUGAUGAAGAAAGUGAGGACGAUGAUUGAAUCCAGGAUGGUUUUGGAUUAGGUUCUGUAAAUGAAACCAUGUUUAAAAAUACUGUCUUUAGCAGCAUUGUAUGAUGGUAUGUUUGCUUGAUAUGUCGUGUGCUUGGUUUUCGAUGUGAAAGAAAA